CCCACCUCGUCGUCGUCGUCUGACUGUGUUUAACUCGUUUGAACUCAGGAAUCAGAAUUCACAGAAUUAAACUUGAAAAUACAAUAUACAAUUCUAUUGUAUAGUUAUUAACGAGGAUGACGGAUCUGUCAUUCAUAAUCAUUAAUCAUUCCUUUACAAUGUACACUGUCUGUGAUGAAUUUGUAUUUUGAAAUUUGAAUUUUUGAAGGAGGUUAGCUAAAGCAUUAAGCAUGAAAUGGUAGAAACUAGAAAUCAAAAUAAAUAAGAUUACUUUUUCCCGAAAAAUAACCACUAUAUUUAUAUAAUUAUGUCGGUUGAUGCGUCAUGGGAUAUUGAUAAAUAUCGAGAGGAGUAUGAAAGCGAAGAGCAUUGGAAUUUAAGACGAGAGUUUAUUAAAAGAUGGAAAGAUGACUAUCCCGAGGAGAGAUUAGUUUGUUUGGCGCAAGUUUUCGCCAAUAUUGAGUUUAUGGGAUGUAGAUACCCACUAGAAACCAUGCAGGAAGUUGCCCGGUUAUCACAAGAUAUAGCAAGUACAUAUAGAAAAGAAAAAAAGACAAAACUUCAAAGGACAUUUGUAUCUGCCUCUGAUGCUGCAGAAGAUCGAGCUAGAGGCAUCAAAAGAGAAGGUGGUAUAGUUAAAGAGGCUCCAAGUUCAAAAUCAAAGAAAAUUGAAUUUGUAAAACAAGGUGAAUCUAAGAACUUGGAAGAUAUACAUAAUGCUGAUGAGAUAGCAAAUUCAGAUAAUGAAUUAUCAGAAAUUAUUGAAAAUGAAAAUGGUAGGGAAGCUACGGAGGUCAGUGAUGAAAAAAUUAAUGAUGAUGUCUCUAAAGAGGAUAUGAAGGCAGCUCUUUUCAAUACAUAUGUAGAAGAAAUCUCAAAAAUAAGAUGUUUAGACAUCAGAUGUUUUAAUAGAAAUAUGUUUAUGACAUCAUUUGGUAAAUUUGUACUUCUCAUACGCUCAUGGGCACCAAAAAUGAGCAACAUACAAGGUAGCAGUGUUGCCAGCCAUCUGCAAUUACAGUCCACAUAUGAAAAUAAUAUAUUGACAGUAACAUUAAAUGGUAAAUUCUUGGCCGAAGCGCACGGCUCAGUAAAGACAAUUGCCAGAAAAAAUGUUGAAACAAUUGCAUGGAAUAAACUAUGUCAAGAAGCCAUAAUUUUGUUUGUAAAAGAGCAGUGGAUAGCUCACGAGGAUCGACAGAUAUCUAUGAGUGAAGUUUCCGGAAAGAAACAGUAUGAAUUUGGCACUCCUCUUGAAAGCAGUGUUGCAACCAAAAUGAUGAAGCUAAUGGGUUGGAAGGGGGGCGGUUUAGGCGCCGACGCACAGGGCAUUGCAGAACCCAUCAAACCUACAUUACAAAUGGUGAACCGCGCAGGCCUUGGCAGUAUCAGCUCCGAUAUACACCAAUUACGACGCAAGGGUAUGGAGAUGAUGAAGAGGUUCGCAGCAUCAGAACAGCUCGAUGUGGACCUGGUGUUCAGCAGUGAAUUUAGCUCUGAAGAAAGGAGUGCGUUACAUCUCUGCGCGAGGAAAGCUGGUCUUGUUUCUAGAAGUUAUGGAGUGGAUGCUGAUAGAUUCCUGGUCGUAAAGAAAAAGUUUAAUGUAUUCUCGACAGUUGAAGCUGUAGUAGAAAAGGGGGGUUCCACCCCUAAAUAUACAGUCUACAUACCUGCGUCAAUAGAACAUAGAUAAUAAACCUCGAUACUGCGGUAACAUCUUCAAAGGAAAUAAGCAUUUGAACUCUAUGGCCUUACAGACAAGGUUCACAUUUCUGUGUCUUAUAAAAACUGAUAGCGAUAAUUUGAAACUUAAAAUUAAUAAAAAAAAGGCAAUUUUGUAGAAAUUAUUUGUAGAGUAUAAUUUGAAAUU